CUAACCUUAUAAUCUAUAGACAUAUAAAGGAGUUGGUAUGAAUUGUUGGAAAAUCCGAUGUGUCAUAAGUAAAUUGAUUGUAAAAUAUUCGAAAUAUAUAUGUAUAUAAAUGAAGGUCUAUUUAUCUUCGAAUCACCAAAGAUAAUCUGUAAAUAUAUACAAAUGCAUCACCUUCUAGUGAUUAGUUUUGUCACCAUUUGUCUACUAUUCCCAAAUAUAUUUGCCAAAAAGCAAAAAGAAACCAUAGAUGUUCCAUUUGUUAUAGACGGGAAAGGUGAUAUGAUUAUUGAAGUUGGUGGAGUGAAAUUUUCGUUGAAUUCUAAACAAGUUUUAAAAUUUAACGAUGGUGAAAGUAAAACUGAAAUAGAUUUUGGAUCACCAACACCAGAAGAAUUGAAAAAUAAGAAAGGUACACGUCGAUUAACUGAAUACUUUGAUGAAUCAGAAGUAUAGGAAUGGUGAAUAUUUAUUAUGAUGAUAAUCGUUGUUUUUUUCUUUUCAUAUCAUUAAACAACUUGAACGAAGUGUUCUUUUGAUCUUUCUUUCUUAAAUUAAAAUAAACUAUAAUUAAUGGUCA